UUGAGAGUUCGAAAAUAAAAAAUUAUUGAAUUGGAAUUGGAAAUUCAGUUCCGUGACUCAAGGCAAUUAUAGAACAUUCAAGGAAGUUGCGCUGAUAACUACUGAAUGACAGUUAAAAAUCGGAGCAUCAUUGCAAACGACCAGCAAAUUCACAAGUGAACUUUGAGCUGUGCGUUGGAUUCAAGUGGUUCAUUUUGCAUCAACAGAUAGAAAUUAAUUUCCAGCUUCCUCAUCAGCAAGACACCAUGUCUGAUGGAGGCACACUACUGUCUGAUAUCCCCACCACCACGCUUACCAGAGCUCAAAGGCGAUGGCGCAAGGCCUAUUUGACAAUCUAUUCUACCCGGAUGAUGCUUUCUCUCAUAUCCAAAAGUCGACAAGAAUCGGAGAAAAGUCCUCCUCGUUACCCUGUCCUUGAGAUUCAACCUACCGUUUCUCAAAACCAGGUUGUGCUCAACUCCUUUGAUCCCUUUGUUUAUAAAACAACACUAAGAAUGUUGGAGAACAAAGACUUGAAGCAUCUGCAUGUUCUUGGCGGAGUUGAAGGUGUGGCCACCGCUCUAGGAGUAAGUUCCGACAAUGGAAUCGGCGGCAGCAAGGAUGAUAUUACUAGGAGGUCUCAAAUUUUUGGUACUAACUCUUACCAUAAGCCACCUCCAAAAGGCUUUCGCUAUUUCCUGAUUGGUGCUUUUAAAAACACCGCCAUAUUUAUUCUCCUAGUAUGGGCAGCCCUGGCUCUUGCUUUUGGAAUUAAACAACAUGGGGUGGAAGAAGGUUGGUAUGAAGGUGUAAGUAUUAUUGUUGCUGUCCUUUUGAUGGUUGCUCUCUCUGCGGUCAGCAACUUGAUAGAGGAAACUCAAAGUAACGAACGCAAAGAGUUGAGUAUCAAUAUCAAAGUUGAAGUUGUUAGAGAUGCUCGGCACCAACAAGUCUCCUUAUUUGACCUUGUAGUUGGAGAUGUUGUGCUCCUGAGAACUGGUGAUCAGAUUCCAGCUGAUGGGCUGUUUUUGAAAGGGUAUCGUUUGGAGGUCGACGAGUCAAGCAUGACAGGAGAGAAUGACUUUGUCGAAGUCAACUCCAACCAUAAUCCUUUUCUGUUAUCUGGCACAAAAGUAGUAGAUGGCUAUGGUCAGAUGCUCGUGGUGUCUGUCGGAAUGAACACUACAUGGGGUCGAAUGAUGAGUUCGAUAGCAGAUGAUCAAUCCAAUGAAAAAACUCAAUUACAAGCUCGGCUUGACAAACUAAUUUGCUCCAUUGAAAAAUUAGGAUUCUCAUUGGCUUUCCUGGUUCUUGCAUAUCUACUUUUUAACUACUUCACUGGGAAAACAAAAGAUAAGAAUGGAAAUAAGGAGUAUAAUGGUAGUAAAACAGAUUUAGAUGCUAUUUUCAAAUCUGUUGCACACAUUCUUACGGCCACGGUUGCCACUCUGGUAGCGGCAAUUCUAUCAGGCUUACCAGUGGCAGUAACUCUCACACUUGCUUAUUCCAUGAAGAGAAUGAUGGCUGAUCAAGCAAUGGUAAAGAAACUUUCGGGUUACGAAAAAAUGAGCUCAGCCACAGUUGUUUGUACUGAAAAAACAGGCAUUUUGACAUUAAAACAAAUGAAAGUGACUGAGUUUUGGCUUGGCCAAGAAUCCAUUAAGAAAGAUUCUCGUGAUAUGGUUGCCUCAAAUGUUCGUGAACUAUUCUACCAAGCAGUUGGCUUGAACACAACUGGUGGUGUUUACAAACCUGUUUCAGGAUCUGUACCUGAAUUUUCUGGCAGUCCAACAGAGAAAGCAAUUCUUUCGUGGGCUACCCAAGAAUUGGGUAUGAACAUGGAAAAAGUGAAGCAAAAGUACACCAUUCUCCAGGUUGAAACCUUCAACUCUGAUAAAAAACGCAGUGGGGUUUCAAUUAGGAAAACAGAUGAUAACACAAUUCAUGUACACUGGAAAGGAGCUGCUGAGAUGAUCCUAGCUAUGUGUUCACAAUAUUAUGAGAAUAAUGGGGUAACAAAGACCAUAGAUGAAGAUGAAAGGCAAAAAACAGAAAAUAUGAUCGACAGCAUGGCAGCUAAAGGCCUUAGAUGCAUAGCUUUUGCUCAUAAAAAAAUAUUUAAAGAAGAAAUGCAGUACAAUGAAGAUGGAAACACCCAUCAAACACUGAGAGAAGAUGACUUAACCUUGCUGGGAAUAGUUACCCUAAAGGAUCCAUGUCGACCAGGUGAAAAGACAGAUGUGGAAAUUUGCAAAUCAGCAGGACUGGGCAUCAAAAUGAUCACAGGGGACAAUGUUUUCACAGCAAAAGCUAUAGCCAGAGAAUGUGGAAUACUACAGUACAAGGCCCAAGCGAAAAAUGAUGAGGAGGUGGUAGAAGGCAAACAAUUUCGUAACUAUACACCGGAAGACAGAAUGGAAAAGGUUGAUAAGAUCCGGGUAAUGGCAAGGUCUUCUCCCUUCGACAAACUUUUAAUGGUAAAGUGUUUGAAAGAGAAAGGCCAUGUGGUUGUAGUCACUGGAGAAGACAACAACGAUGCCCCUGCACUAAAAAAAGCUGAUAUAGGACUUUGGAUGGGUAUUCAGGGCUGCGAAAUUGCUAAAGAAAGCUCAGACAUCGUCAUAUUAGAUGAUAAAUUCACUACAGUGGCUACUACUCUAAAGUGGGGACGAUGUUUUAAUAAUAACAUCAAAACGUUUAUCCAAUUUCAACUCACCUUUAAUAUUGCCGCUCUAGUGAUCAAUGUUGUUGCAGGCUUUGUUCCUGGUAAUAAGAUUCCUCUAACAGCAGUUCAAUUGGUAUGGGUGAACAUCAUCUUGGAUACACUUGUAGCUUUGGCUCUGGCUACUGAAAGACCAACUGAUGAGCUAAUGAAGAACCCUCCUCAAGGUCAUACUGAACCCAUUAUAACAAACAUUAUGUGGAGGAAUCUUCUAUAUCAAGCCCUAUAUCAGAUAGCAGUCUUAUUGAUCUUACAAUUUGUGGGCGAAUCCAUAUUCAAAGUGAGUCCUGAAGUGAAUGGUACAAUGGUGUUCAAUACUUUUUUUCUUUGCCAGGUUUUCAGUUUCUUCAAUGCAAGGAAGUUGGAGAAAACGAAUGUUUUCAGAGGCAUUCACAAGAACAAAUUGUACCUUGGACUAAUGGGAGUAGCUAUACUUGUUCAGUUUCUGAAAGUGGAGAUCCUAAACAAGUUUGCUUCUAAAGAGAGAUUGAAUUGGAGGCAAUGGUUAACUUGUAAUGCAUUGGGAGCAUUCACAUUGCCAAUUGGUUUUAUUGUGAAGUUCAUACAUGUUCCAGAGAAACCAGUACUCCUCAUCAACUCCGAUGAAUCUGUGAGCUCAACUGCUAAGCGUGCAGAAGAAUUUUUGACUCUCAUCAAUGAAAAUAAAAUCAAUCUGGAGGCCCCCUUCCAUAUAAAGGAUUACUUUAAUGCUCUAAAUUUAAGGUGUGUUGAGCGUUUGUAUGGUGAUCAUGGUCUUGAUAUGAUGGGCAUAUUGCGCAAAAAUCCAGCUCUUGCACUACCAAAGUUUAACUCGUCUGAAGCAGUAGCAAGAUGA